AUGUCAGCCGCGGUGCCUACACGCACCAACUCGACCUCACGGCGCCCGCAAGCCUUGGGGAGCCCCGCCGACCGCCCUCAUCGCACCCAGUCGACGACAACGAGGCCCACCACUCAGCCGGCAGGCUCUCCUCACCGGUCGCAGUCGCAGUCCCAUCACCACGCCCGCACCAACUCCUCUCAGCAACCUCCGCUGCUCAACGUAGCCCGCCGGGAUUUUGAGCAGAGCAACGUCGCCCAGGCCCCGACGCGUCGCAGCGAGUCGAGAGAUCGAGGGCAGCCCGCGCCCGUGCCCGCUCGCACCGAGUCGGUGCGGAGCUCUCACAACCGUACCUCCUCCCGCUCUCGGCAUGCGCGAUAUGCUUCUGACGCGUCCGCAGCAGCAGCACAGAUGGCUACAAACGGAGUCGCAGCCGAUAAUGGCUCGCGGUCGAUCGCCGCUUCAGGCACGCAAAAACGGAGGACAACAAUCGUCGCUCCGAACACAGGAACAUGGGCCCUGGGUAAGACGAUUGGUGCUGGGAGCAUGGGCAAGGUCAAGCUAGCAAAGAACGUAGCUUCAGGAGAACAGGUUGCGGUCAAGAUCGUGCCAAGACAGUCGCAGGAUGAACACCGCACCCAGCAAGACCGCGAAAGAGCCGACCACUCCAAAGAAGUCCGCACCGCCAGAGAAGCUGCCAUAGUCAUGCUCCUCAACCACCCUUAUAUUUGCGGCAUGCGCGAUGUUGUCCGAACAAACUACCACUGGUACAUGCUGUUUGAAUAUGUCAACGGCGGCCAGAUGCUCGACUAUAUUAUAUCGCAUGGAAGGCUCAAAGAGAAGCAGGCACGCAAGUUUGCCCGCCAGAUUGCUAGCGCUUUGGACUACUGCCAUCGCAACAGCAUUGUUCAUCGUGAUCUCAAGAUUGAGAACAUUCUCAUCAGCAAAACGGGAGAUAUCAAAAUCAUCGACUUUGGACUUAGCAACCUCUUUUCUCCUCGUAGCCACCUCAAAACCUUCUGCGGAAGUCUGUACUUCGCCGCGCCCGAAUUGUUGCAGGCCAAACAAUACACGGGUCCAGAAGUUGACAUAUGGAGCUUCGGCAUAGUGCUCUAUGUCUUGGUCUGCGGGAAGGUUCCAUUCGACGACCAGAGCAUGCCACAGUUGCAUGCUAAGAUCAAGAAAGGUCAUGUCGACUACCCACCAUGGCUGUCCGCAGAAUGCCGUAACUUGAUCCAUAAAAUGCUCCAAACGGAUCCCCUCCAGCGUGUCACCCUCAGUGAAAUCAUGAACCAUCCUUGGAUCACCAAGGGCUUCAAUUCUCCUCCAGAGAACUACUUGCCCCAUCGGGAGCCUCUUCAACUUCCUCUGGACACUGAAGUUAUUGAUAAAAUGACCGGAUUCGACUUCGGAUCCCCUGAAUACAUCACCACGAACCUCACGAACGUCAUCCAGUCAGAAGAGUACCAAAGAGCAGUACGACAUGCAGCCCGCAAGCACCAGGCUCAGACCCCAGAAACGGAGCGGAAACGUGGUGUGUUCGACUUUUACCGGCGACGCAACUCCAUUUCAAGUCGGGAGACUCUAGUCACAUCUUCUGUCGAAGCUGUGCAGUUUGGGUUGGAUCCAGUCAACGCAUACAGCCCCUUGGUAUCCGUAUAUCUCCUAGUACGCGAGAAGAUAGAGCGCGAGGCAUUGGAGACAAACCCUGGAGCGUUGAGCAUGCCGAAAAGCCCUGGGGAAAAACCUCUGCAGAUGCCCGAUCUGCCUGCCCCAGCGGCAGCAUACACUAAUUCUGCAGCCUACGAAAUGGCCGGCGAAACCCCUACCGGAGGACGAUCGAGGCCCAGAGCCAGGACGCAUGGGGAAGAUGAGGUCACAGAUAGCCUGAAACAGCUCAAUCUGAAUGUCCCCCAAGGGCCUGUAUCUCCGGCAAUUAUCACAACUCCGAGCGAUCAACCAUCGAUGAAGAAAGAGAGUGCCGCUGCCGGACUGCUACGUCGUUUCAGUACACGCCGACACCGAGAUCCUGAACGGGCAAGUAACCCACCUCCAACUCCUCAGCUUAAUAUCUCUGCGCCUGGAGAAGGUGGUGGACAACCUCCGCGGAAAAGUUUCAGUGUGCGUAGAACGCGAGACAAGGAGACUCAAUCCUCAUCGGUCCUCCCUCCUGGUGGCUCACAACAACCAGAUCUGCUCAGCCCUCCUGGUACUGGCAGUGGGGCUACGCGAAAGCUGAAAGCUCUUGGCCGAUCGACUAGUGUCAAUUCGGCAGAUCUUCGUAGGCGUUUGAGCCGACGAGGUGCAUCUGAAGGGCCCCCUGGCGACCCACCACCCACCAGUGGAUCAGAUCGAUCUAGUAUCAGUGGACAUCGGCUGAAACCAGGAGACGCCGCUUCGGAUGAUCAGCCAGUUUCACGCCCUCAUACAACGACGUCGAGGGCUAAGUCUCUUGGACACGCGCGCAAAGAGAGCAUCCAAGCUCGACGGGCGCGAAGGGAAUUGGCCAAGGAGGCAAACGUUCCAGAGGAGACGGACCAAGAUCUCGCCGAGAGUGCUGCGGAAACUAGUCGUAGUCCGGAGACGAUGAAGCCAGUAUAUCUAAAGGGCCUCUUUUCCGUAAGCACCACCAGCAACAAGCCACUCACCUUCAUUCGCGCGGAUAUCGUACGAGUACUGAACCAACUUGGAGUCACGUUUCAUGAAAUUAAAGGCGGCUUUAAAUGUCGACAUGCACCGAGCAUCGAUCUCAACAAGGUAGUGGACUCUCCAUCCACACCAGGGCAUCCUUCUAGCAGCGGAGGCCACAAGCGGAAGAUCAGCUUUGGCGGCUUCAUGGGCGGCGACCGCGAGCGAGACGAGUUCAGAGAGUCACAGCGACAACCGCAGACACCGAAAUCGGCGCGAUCCCGACCACCGGCUGCGAAUCCAAGCUUCACCAACUCGGAAGACUCAGAAGAGAGCGACGGACGAGACGCCAGAAAAAUGGGGAAGAAAGCGGUGCCGGCUGGCGAAACAACAACGCAUGUUCAAAGCGACCUAGGGGGGAGUUUGAUUUUGGUCUUCGAAAUUUUGAUCGUCAAAGUUCCACUACUGUCUCUGCAUGGCAUUCAAUUCAAGAAGGUGGACGGAGGAACAUGGCAAUACAAGAACAUGGCGCAGACGAUUCUGGCAGAGCUGCGAUUAUAGCGAAAACAAAUAUUCAUUGGGGGAGGAGACGCAUAAUGGCGUACCUACAGGCAUGUAGAGCGAGCACUGGGCAUGGCGGUGUGGUAAUGCGGGAGUCGUUUUUUUUUUUCUGUGCCGGUGAUGCUGUUGGCCUUUGGUUUGGUUCAGUAGCAACGGCGGACGCUAAGUUUGGCGGAUGAGCCUGACGAAUCUCGUUUGUAUUCCUCAUUUACUCUGGGAGGUCAGGGUUGUAUGGGCUGGGCUGGGUGGGGUAGACGCCGUGUAGGAACGAACACUCGUUUCCAUUUCUCGCUGGUACAUACUAUACUAAUUUAUGAGGAUUUUUAUCCCGGGGAUUACUGUGGGA